UCAGUGAGUAACUUAAGCGAAUUGACGUUGUAGUAGUUUCAAACCUAAAAUUAAUUCAAUAGAAGUAAAAGAAAAGAAGAAGAACCAAAAAUUAAAUCGCUAAUCCAUCAGCCAAAUCGUUUCAAAUUGUAUUGGAAUGUCUACGCGAUGGUAUCCGAUAUAUCAAAAGGGUGGACCCCAGUUGCGGGUAUUUCUACCGAAUUUUUGGAUGAAAUUAGUGCGACCGACGGAAAAUCAACCCCCAAACGUAGUCCAAUUUGCAUGCUCCAUGGAAAUGACGAAACACGACAUCAAAAACUAUCUGGAGAACAUAUAUAAUGUCAAAACAGUUCAUGUUCGGACUAGGAUUGCAUUGGGCAAAACUAAAAAAUGUCUUGGGCGACAGUACAUAAUCAAAGACGACGAUAUCAAGUACGCUUACAUUACGAUGCCGAAAGAGGAGUCGUUUAAAUUCCCGGAUCUAUUUCCUGAAGAAAUACAGGCGGAAAACAACCAAAUGAAAGCUUUGAAAGAGGUAAAGGAAGGCACCAAACAGUUCCUGGAAAACAACAAGCAUAGGCCUGGGAUACCUGGAUGGCUUACCAUAUGA